AUGGGUGACGCUCUGAUGGCCGAGUUUGGGAAGGCAGCUCCUUUCCUGAGGAAGUCUGAGAAGGAGCGUCUGGAAGCUCAGACCAGACCAUUUGACAUCAAGACUGAAUGUUUUGUUGUGGAUGAUAAAGUAGAAUAUGUGAAGGGACAAAUCCAGAGCAAAGAUGGAGGGAUGGUGACUGUCAAGAAGGAGAAUGGGACCACGGUAACCGUGAAGGAGUCUGACGUUCACCCCCAGAACCCACCAAAGUUUGAUAAAAUCGAAGACAUGGCAAUGUUUACUUUCCUCCAUGAGCCUGCGGUGCUGUUUAACCUCAAGGAGCGUUAUGCUGCCUGGAUGAUCUACACCUACUCUGGGCUCUUCUGUGUCACUGUCAACCCCUACAAGUGGCUUCCGGUCUACGACGCUGAGGUGGUGGCAGCCUACAGGGGAAAGAAGAGGAGCGAGGCCCCUCCUCACAUCUUCUCCAUCUCUGAUAAUGCCUACCAGUACAUGUUGACUGACAGGGAGAAUCAGUCUGUCCUGAUCACCGGAGAAUCUGGAGCAGGAAAGACGGUGAAUACCAAGAGAGUCAUACAGUACUUUGCCAGCAUUGCUGCAGUCGGGGGUGGUGCCAAAAAGGACAACAGCAAGGGGACCCUGGAGGAUCAGAUCAUCCAGGCAAACCCAGCACUCGAGGCCUUUGGUAAUGCCAAAACUUUGAGAAACGACAACUCGUCUCGUUUUGGAAAAUUUAUCCGAAUUCAUUUUGGCACAAGCGGGAAACUUUCAUCUGCUGACAUCGAGACAUACCUGUUGGAGAAGUCACGCGUCACCUUUCAGCUCAAGGCUGAGAGGAAUUAUCACAUCUUCUACCAGAUCCUGUCCAAUCAAAAGCCAGAGCUGCUGGACCUGCUGCUGAUCACCAACAAUCCGUACGACUACUCUUACAUCUCCCAAGGAGAGGUAACAGUUGCCUCCAUCAACGACUCCGAGGAGCUGAUGGCCACCGAUAGUGCCUUCGAUGUACUCGGCUUUACUCCAGACGAGAAGAUGGGCGUCUACAAACUGACUGGUGCCAUCAUGCAUUAUGGCAACAUGAAGUUCAAACAAAAGCAGCGCGAGGAGCAGGCCGAACCAGACGGGACUGAAGCUGCCGAUAAAUCAGCUUACCUAAUGGGGCUGAACUCUGCGGACCUCAUCAAAGGGCUGUGCCAUCCCAGAGUCAAGGUAGGAAAUGAGUACGUCACUAAGGGCCAAAGUGUGGAUCAAGUCUACUAUGCCAUUGGUGCUCUGGCUAAGUCAGUGUACGAGAAGAUGUUCAGCUGGAUGGUGGUGAGAAUCAACCAGUCGCUGGAUACUAAGCAGCACCGUCAGUACUUCAUAGGAGUGCUGGACAUCGCUGGAUUUGAGAUAUUUGAUUUCAACACAUUUGAGCAGUUGUGUAUCAACUUCACCAACGAGAAACUGCAACAGUUUUUCAACCAUCACAUGUUCGUUCUGGAGCAAGAAGAGUACAAGAAAGAAGGGAUUGAUUGGGAGUUCAUCGACUUUGGGAUGGACCUUCAGGCUUGUAUCGACCUCAUUGAGAAGCCUCUGGGAAUCAUGUCGAUUCUGGAAGAGGAAUGUAUGUUUCCCAAAGCCAGUGACCAGACCUUCAAGUCCAAGCUCUAUGAUAAUCAUCUGGGCAAGAACAAGAUGUUUGAGAAGCCAAGGGCAGCGAAGGGGAAAGCAGAGGCUCAUUUUGCCCUGGUUCACUAUGCUGGUACGGUGGACUACAACAUCUCUGGCUGGCUGGUCAAAAACAAAGACCCCUUGAAUGAAACUGUGGUCGGGCUCUACCAGAAAUCCUCUCUGAAACUGCUGAGUCUGCUUUUUUCAAAUUAUGCAGGAGCUGAAGGAGGAGACAAGGGAGGCGGCAAAGGAGCCAAGAAGAAAGGCUCCUCAUUCCAGACAGUCUCUGCUCUUCACAGGGAAAACCUGAACAAGCUGAUGACCAACCUGAAGACCACUCAUCCGCACUUUGUUCGCUGUCUGAUUCCUAAUGAGAGUAAAACUCCAGGAGCCAUGGACAACUGCCUGGUGAUGCACCAGCUGCGCUGUAACGGUGUCCUGGAAGGUAUCAGGAUCUGCAGGAAGGGUUUCCCAAACAGGGUGCUCUAUGGUGACUUCAAGCAGCGUUACAGGAUCCUGAAUGCCUCUGCCAUCCCUGAAGGUCAGUUCAUCGACUGCAAGAAAAGUGCUGAAAAGCUGCUGGGAUCACUGGACAUCGACCAUAGCCAGUACAAGUUUGGACACACAAAAGUUUUCUUUAAAGCUGGCCUGCUGGGAACGCUGGAGGAGAUGCGAGAUGAGCAACUCUCUCGAAUUAUCACUAGGAUUCAGGCAAACGCCCGAGGACUCCUCAUGAGGGAGGAGUUUGUGAAACUUGUGGAACGCAGAGAUGCCCUGAUGGUCAUUCAGUGGAACCUUCGGUCUUUCCUGGGUGUGAAGAACUGGCCCUGGAUGAAGCUUUUCUUUAAGAUCAAACCCCUGCUGAAAAGCGCAGAAUCUGAGAAGGAGAUGGCCAACAUGAAGGAUGAAUUCAACAAGUUGAAGGAAGCACUGGAGAAAUCAGAAGCUCGACGGAAGGAAUUAGAGGAGAAAAUAGUGACUCUCCUCCAAGAGAAGAACGACCUGACUCUGCAGAUUCAGUCUGAACAGGACACUCUGACAGACGCCGAAGAACGUUGUGAACAGCUUAUCAAGAGCAAGAUUCAACUAGAGGCCAAGCUGAAAGAGAUGACUGAAAGACUGGAGGAUGAGGAGGAGCUGAAUGCUGAUCUUACAGCAAAAAAACGUAAACUUGAAGAUGAGUGCUCUGAGCUGAAAAAAGACAUUGAUGACCUGGAGCUAACUUUAGCCAAGGUGGAAAAGGAGAAGCAUGCUACAGAGAAUAAAGUAAAAAACCUGAUGGAAGAGAUGGCUUCUCAGGAUGAGAACAUCCUGAAGCUGACCAAAGAGAAGAAGGCGCUGCAGGAGGCCCACCAGCAAACACUGGAUGACCUGCAGAGUGAGGAGGAUAAAGCCAACAGUUUGACCAAAGCUAAAACUAAACUGGAACAGCAGGUGGACGAUCUGGAGGGCUCACUAGAGCAAGAGAAAAAAGUCAGGAUGGAACUGGAGCGCUCCAAGAGGAAGCUAGAGGGGGAUCUGAAACUGACCCAGGAGAGUGUGAUGGACCUAGAGAAUGACAAGCAGCAGCUGGAAGAAAAACUCAAGAAGAAAGACUUUGAGAUCACUCAAGUGAAUUCUAGAUUAGAGGAUGAGCAAGUUGCUUCAGUUCAGCUCCAGAAGAAGCUGAAAGAAAACCAGGCAAGAAUCGAGGAGCUGGAGGAGGAGCUGGAUGCAGAGCGUGCAGCCCGGGCAAAAGUGGAGAAGCAGCGCUCAGAUCUAUCCCGCGAGCUGGAGGACAUCAGUGAGCGUCUGGAGGAAGCUGGUGGAGCUACGUCAGUCCAGGUGGAGCUGAACAAGAAGAGAGAUGCUGAGUUUCAGAAGCUGCGACGGGAGCUGGAGGAAUCGACUCUCCAACACGAGUCCACUGCUGCCUCCCUGAGGAAGAAACACGCUGACAGUGUUGCUGAGCUGGGGGAACAGAUCGAUAACCUGCAGCGUGUGAAGCAGAAACUGGAGAAAGAAAAGACUGAGCUAAAGCUGGAGCUGGACGAUUUGUCCUCCAAUAUGGAGACUGUGGUGAAGGCCAAGUCCAACGUUGAGAAGAUAUGUCGUACGAUGGAAGACAACAUGAACGAGUACAAGACUAAACAUGAGGAGGCUCAGCGGACCAUCAAUGACUUGACAACUCAGAGAGCCAAACUGCUCACCGAGAAUGGUGAGUUUGGACGGCAGCUGGAAGAGAAGGAGUGUCUGAUUUCACAGCUGACCAGAGGGAAGAACUCCUACAACCAGCAGGUGGAAGAUCUACGCAGGCAGCUAGAGGAGGAAGUGAAGGCAAAGAAUGCUCUCGCCCACGCUCUGCAGUCUGCUCGCCAUGACUGCGAUUUACUCCGAGAACAGUUUGAAGAGGAGCAGGAAGCCAAAGCUGAGCUGCAGAGAGCUUUGUCCAAAUCCAACACUGAGGUCUCAUCAUGGAGGACCAAGUAUGAGACUGAUGGGAUCCAAAGAGCAGAGGAGCUGGAGGAAGCAAAGAAGAAAUUGGUUCAGAGACUCCAGGAGGCUGAGGAGGCCAUCGAGGCUGUGAAUGCAAAGUGUUCAUCCCUUGAGAAGACCAAACACCGCCUCCAAAAUGAGAUUGAAGACCUCAUGUUGGACCUGGAGAGAUCUAAUGCAGCCUCAGCAGCUCUGGACAAGAAACAAAGAACCUUUGACAAAGUCUUGGCCGAGUGGAAGCAGAAGUUUGAGGAGUCGCAGUGUGAACUAGAGGCCUCUCAGAAGGAAGCUCGAUGUCUGAGCACUGAACUCUUCAAGCUGAAGAACGCAUAUGAGGAGUCGCUGGAUCAGCUGGAGACAAUGAAGAGAGAGAACAAGAACCUCCAGGAGGAGAUCUCCGACCUCACUGACCAGCUUGGUGAAGGUGGACGCAGUGCACACGAGCUGGAAAAGAUCCGGAAACAGCUUGAACAGGAAAAAGCUGAGCUCCAGUCAGCGCUGGAGGAGGCCGAAGGUUCUCUGGAGCAUGAAGAGAGCAAAAUCCUCCGAGCCCAGCUGGAGUUCAACCAGGUGAAGGCCGACAUGGAGCGCAAGAUGGCGGAGAAAGACGAGGAAAUGGAGCAGGCCAAGAGGAACUACCAACGGAUGCUCGAGUCUCUUCAGUCCUCUUUGGAAUCUGAGACCAGGAGCCGAAAUGAGACCCUGAGAGUGAAGAAAAAGAUGGAGGGUGACCUCAAUGAGAUGGAGAUCCAGUUGAGCCAAGCCAACAGGCAGGCAGCUGAAGCUCAGAAGCAGGUCAAAAGCCUCCAAGCAUUCCUGAAAGACACCCAGCUACAGCUAGACGAUGCCCAGCACGCCAACGAUGACCUGAGAGAAAACAUCGGUCUGCUGGAGCGCCGGCACAACCUGAUCCAGGCGGAGCUGGAGGAAGUCAGGGCUGCCCUCGAGCAGACAGAAAGAAGUCGUAAACUGGCUGAACAGGAACUGACGGAUGCAACGGAGCGUAUGCAACUCCUUCACUCCCAAAACACCAGCCUGAUCAACCAGAAGAAGAAGCAUGAGGCAGACCUGCUGCACCUGCAGAGCGAGAUGGAGGAGGCCAUACAGGAGAACCGCAAUGCUGAGGAGAAGGCAAAGAAGGCCAUCACUGAUGCCGCCAUGAUGGCGGAGGAGCUGAAGAAGGAGCAGGACACCAGUGCCCAUCUGGAGCGCAUGAAGAAGAACAUGGAGCAGACCAUCAAAGACCUGCAGCACCGUCUGGACGAAGCAGAGCAGGUUGCCAUGAAGGGCGGCAAGAAGCAGCUCCAGAAACUGGAGACUCGCAUCAGAGAUCUGGAGAACGAGCUGGAGGCAGAGCAGAAGAGGGGAACCGAGUCCAUCAAGGGGAUCCGAAAGUAUGAGCGCCGGGUCAAAGAGCUCACCUACCAGACCGAGGAGGACCGUAAGAACAUGGUGCGCCUGCAGGACCUGGUGGACAAGCUGCAGCUGAAGGUCAAGUCCUACAAACACGCUGCCGAGGAGGCAGAGGAGGCAGCCAACACCAACAUGGCCAAACUCCGCAAGCUGCAGCACGAGCUGGAGGAGGCGGAGGAAAGGGCCGACAUUGCUGAGUCGCAGGUGAACAAGCUGAGGGCCAAGACCAGGGACGGAUCCUCCAAGAAGGGCCUGGAUGAGUGAGGAGACCCCAGAGUGUCGGCAUUGAAGGUGUUCCUGUCCUGGAUGUCUUCUUCCAAAGCUGCAUGGAUCCUGACAACUGUUUUAUCACCAUUUAUAUGAA